AUGGCUUCAGAAGCGCCUUACGAUCCCUAUAUACCUGCUGGCGGACAAGGCGGCGCACAGCCGGCCAGCAACCAGAGAACAGCUGCCUUGCAAGCGCAAAUCGAUGAUACCGUCGGUGUUAUGCGUGAGAAUAUCAACAAGGUAUCGCAAAGAGGCGAGCGACUGGACUCGCUGCAAGAUAAGACCGACAACCUCGCCGUUUCCGCACAGGGCUUCCGCAGAGGGGCAAACCGAGUCCGAAAACAGAUGUGGUGGAAGGACAUGAAGAUGCGCAUGUGUUUGAUCGUCGGCAUCAUCGUGCUACUCAUUGUCAUUAUUGUCCCAGCAGUGGUCGCCACACGAUAA